CGUGCCACCCGUGCCCCGUGCAGUGUUUUUGAACAGUGUAUCGCAAGUAACAGCAAGUGUAUUGAGAAACGAAAGCCGUCAUCCAACAUGGUCAUGUUGCAGUCGCCGGCGCAAAAGGCCAGCAGCGACAAUCAGCCCACGGCCGUCGGUGGCCUGAUGAGUCCCAACUCCAAUCCGGACUCGCCCAAGUCGAAUACCUCGCCGGAGCUGGGGAACGUGGAUGCAGGUGCAGGCGGAGGCGGAGGAACAGCCACUUCUACGCCUCCAAAGAUACCCAAGUUUAUCAUCAGCAGCGCCAGUGGACAGCAGGCGGCGGCCAAGCAGCAGGAGCAGGAGCUGCGCUUCUCCAUCGAGCGGCUCAAGCAGAUGAGCAGCGAGUCCGGCAGCCUGAUCAGCCGCCUCAGCCCCUCGCAGGAGGACUGUCCGUCCGACAAGGACAAGACCAACCACAACAACAACAACAGCAGCCUGACAAACCACAACAACAACAGCAUCAAUGGGAACCAAUCGCGUCGAUCGCAGUCCCCGCCAGCAUCGGGAGCACCCAACGUUGUGAUCAACACCAACUUCUCCUCGCCCGCUCAGCAGCGAAAGCUGCUUGAACUGAGUGCCGUGCGGCAGUUGGCGCGCCCUGAGCCACUGCAGCAUCCACACGCGGCCCUGCUGCAACAGCAUCCGCAUCUGCUGCAGAAUCCACAGUUCCUGGCCGCGGCCGCGGCCCAGCAGCAUAUGCACCACCAUCAUCACCAUCACCUCCACCAGCAGCACCAGCCUCAUCCGCACUCGCAUCCGCAUCAGCAUCCACAUCCUGCUGCAGCUGGAGUGUUCCAUCUGCGGGCACCCAGUGCCACUAGCAGCACCACUGCCCCGCCCUCGCCAGCCACAUCGCCUCUGUCGCCGCCCACAUCUCCAGCCACACAUUCCGAGCAGCCGACGAGCUCUCCCAUCGCAGCACCAGCCAAUCCUCCCGCACAUUCCGCCCAGCCACAACCACAACCAGCCCAGAUCCUCUUAAGCAGCGGCCCGCAGCCGGUGAGUCCCUUGUCCGCCAGCGACAUGGACUUGGAGCGCAUUAAGCUGGUGGCUGCUGUGGCCGCUCGCUCCAGCCAGGCCCCAGCCCCGAGCACAUCUGCGGCAGCCUCCAGCUCCACUUCCAACUCCGUCUCGCCGGCUGGCCGGGAUCUGAGCGACUACGGCUUCCGAAUACAGCUGGGCGGACUGGCGGCCGCGGCGGCGGCUGCGGCGGCCACCUCACGACAGAUAGCGGCCGCUAAUUAUGCGCGCAGCGACACCAGCGAAGAGCUCAAUGUGGAUGGAAACGACGAGGACAGCAACGAUGGAUCCCACAGCACGCCGUCGGUCUGCCCCGUUGAUCUGACGCGUUCCGUGACCACAAGUGCCACACCAAAUGCCAACUCUGCUUCGACCAGUGCCUCGAGUGAUCGUGAGGCGGCCACUAAGCGGCUGGCUUUCUCUGUGGAGAACAUACUGGAUCCCAACAAGUUCACUGGCAACAAAAUGCCCGCCUCUGGCCAUCCCUUCGGGCAUCCACGGCAAUGGAGCUACGAUCGCGAUGAGGAGAUGCACGAGCGUUUAGACGAUGAUCAAAGCGAGGAUAUGUCUGCUCAGGAUCUUAAUGACAUGGAUCAGGAUGAUAUGUGCGAUGAUGGGAGCGACAUUGAUGAUCCCAGCAGCGAGACGGACUCGAAAAAGGGCGGCAGCCGCAACGGCGAUGGCAAGUCUGGCGGCGGCGGUGGCAGCGGAGGCGGUGGCGGCUCCAAGCCCCGCCGAGCCCGCACCGCCUUCACCUAUGAGCAGCUCGUGUCGCUGGAGAACAAGUUCAAAACCACUCGGUACUUGAGCGUCUGCGAGAGGCUGAACCUUGCCCUCAGCUUGAGCCUGACCGAGACACAGGUGAAAAUCUGGUUCCAGAACCGCCGCACCAAGUGGAAGAAGCAGAAUCCGGGAAUGGAUGUCAACAGUCCGACCAUUCCGCCACCAUCGGGCGGCUCCUAUGGACCAGGUGCCUAUGCCAGCAGCCUGCUCUACCCGCAUGCCGUGCCAUACCCACCCUACGGCCCCUACUUCCACCCCCUGGGCGCCCACCAUCUGAGCCAUUCGCACUCAUAAAAUUGCAAGAUGCAACAGCGAAUGUUGCAGCUAUUCGAAAAGCGAGGGAAGCCUCCCGAGGGAACCCGCACCGCCCCCAGCGGGGGGGCAAACAGAUGAAUUGUAAAUGUCGAACUGCUUUAAGUGUGUGCUUAGUACUAUCCCUGGUUUGUGUUAUUUCCAUGCAUUAAGUUG